CGAUUUUCUUCGUUAGAAGCAGGCCAAUGCAGUGAGGGUAAAGCACACUGCUUGUGGCCAUAAAUUACAAGAAGUGGUAGCUUUCUAAGAGCGAAAGUUAACAGCAAACAGCAAGAUGUCUUUGGAUUCAUUGGUCAAUGCUGCGGCAGGCAGUGAUCUGAAGUUUGUGUUUGUUGGAGGCAAAGGUGGUGUUGGCAAGACGACUUCGUCUUCUGCCAUUGCCACCUUGUUGGCGACGAUUUGUCAGAAGCGAGUUUUGUUGGUCAGCACCGAUCCUGCGCACUCCUUGGGAGAUGCCUGGCGGCAGAAGUUUUCCAAUGUCCCCACCAAGGCCAUUGCUCCCGCACAAGAUGGUACCAGUACUGGCGGCUCGUUGGAUAUCAUGGAAGUGGACCCUCAGCAGAGUAUGGAAGGAGAACUCCAGCAAUGGGCGGCUGUAUCGCAAGAACUAUUUGCUGGAUCCUCUUCUCCCAAUGACAAGGAUAAGAAUGACGAAUGGUCGUCCAAAAUGGCGCAAUUUCAAGAGUGGCUAUCGGGAAUUCCCGGUAUUGAUGAAGCUACGGCGCUGAGUAACGCGAUUACGCACAUUGAGUCGGGUAACUACGACCUGAUCGUCUUCGAUACUGCACCAACAGGCCAUACUCUGAAGCUAUUGGCUUUGCCGGAAAUUCUAGAACAAGGCAUUGACAAACUUCAGUCCUGGCAAACUACCUUUUGGAGUUACUGGGAAGCCUUCAAGACGGCGUCGUCCACAGCCAGUAUGACCAAGGCGCAGAGACGCGCUGCACUCAAGAACCAAGUAAAGGACAAGUUGACCCAAUACAAACACGAUAUUCAAAAGGUCGCCAUGAUGCUUCAGGAUCAGACGCGGACACGCUUUGUCGUGGUCUGCAUUGCCGAAUUCUUGAGCGUCUCGGAGACCCAACGACUACUUCAGGAAUUGACCAAGAAUCAGGUCAUUGCCUCUCACAUUAUCGUCAAUCAACUCGUCGUCCAAGAUGCCCUCACACAAGAGCAGCUUACAGAACUGGAGUCACUCGCCGAGGUGGGCAACUUGCAGCUGCCACAGGAACUUCUGCGCAAAACGGUUCAUGCUUGUCGUCUCACCACGGCCCGCAAGUCCAUUCAACAACGAUAUUUGUCCGACCUCAAGGGAUUUACCGAAGUGACCGAACGAAAUGUGGAAGUUUGCGAGGUGCCACUCUUGCCGGAAGAAGUCACGGGCACGGAUGCCAUUCGACGAUUUGCAAAGUUGCUCGUUCGCAAUCCCGACGUGGUAUCCGCUGACAGCAGCGGUAGCACCGCCAAUACCGGUGGCAAGCUCUACGAUCACUUGAUUGCGGCCAAGAACGGCACAGCGACCACCACCAAAACAGAGUUCUCUCCCGGUGACGUUGUCCAAGUGACGGGUCUAGCCAAGUCGCCGCAGUUCAACGACCUCGAGGGCAAGGUGACAACGCAUAGGAACGACGAAACGGGACGGUACGGCGUCAUGGUCCAGUUCCAAGGAAAGAAGAAGACACUGGCGCUCCAACCAAAGAAUCUUGUCUUUGUGCGCAAUAGCGAUAAGAAACACAAGAGCGGCAGCCGCGGCGGCAACAGCAACGAAAAUGCGGAGAACGCAGUCAACGGAGCUAGCAGUGGCAUGAUGGACAAGGCCAAGAAGAUCUUGGAGGAUCCCGAAAUCAAGGAUUUGGUGGCGCAAAACCCUCGAUUCAAGGUGGCUGUCCAAGACUGCUUGGAGAAUCCUAUGAAUGUUAUGAAAUACCUGGGAGAUCCCGAAAUGAGUCCCUUGAUUAGCAAGGCCAUGUCUAAGAUGGGAAUCUAGCUAGACUAUGCUGCACCAGAAACAGAUAUUAGAUUAGAAGAUUACAUGGACAAAUUUGCAGCGGCAGCCUGGU